AUGGAAACGACGCUCAGCCCAAAGAUGGCGCCCGAACCGGGUAGAGGGACAGGGUCCUGGGGUUCAAGCCCGGGCCCAAGUCGGUGGCUCUGGAGCGGUUCUUUAUGGGUCCGAGGCAUUUUACUCCUGUUGGGCGGGCUCCGGGCAAGUGCUACGUCUAUUCCUGUCUCCUUGAGCCGUUCCUUUCCCUGCCGGCACCACGUCCCCUCUGACGCUGAGGUCAUAAAUAAGGUCCAUCUUAAAGCAAAUCAUGUUGUAAAGAGAGAUGUUGAUGAACAUUUAAGAAUCAAGACUGUCUAUGAUAAAAGUAUUGAAGAGUUGCUCCCUGAAAAAAGAUACCUUGUUAAGAACAAACUUUUUCCACAAGCUAUUUCUUAUUUAGAGAAGACUUUUCAGGUUCGUAGACCUGCGGGCACUAUCUUACUUAGCAGACAAUGUGCAACAAACCAAUACCUACGGAAGGAAAAUGAUCCCCACAGAUACUGUACUGGAGAAUGUGCAGAGCAUACAAAAUGUGGCCCCGUUAUAGUGCCUGAACAGCACCUCCAGCAAUGCAGGGUCUGCCGUGGGGGUAAGUGGCCCUGUGGAGCAGUGGGUGUGCCAGACCAAGAGGGGGUCCGAGAUGCUGACUUUGUUCUUUAUGUUGGUGCUCUGGCCACCGAGAGGUGCAGCCAUGAAAACAUCAUUUCUUAUGCAGCCUAUUGUCAGCAGGAAGCAAAAAUGGACAGGCCAAUAGCAGGAUAUGCUAACCUGUGUCCAAAUAUGAUCUCUACCCAGCCUCAGGAGUUUAUUGGGAUGCUGUCUACAGUGAAACAUGAGAUUAUUCAUGCCCUGGGUUUCUCUGCUGGGCUAUUUGCAUUCUACCAUGAUAAAGAUGGAAAUCCUCUAACUUCAAGAUUUGCAGAUGGUCUUCCAGUUUUUAAUUAUAGUCUUGGAUUAUAUCAAUGGAGUGAUAAAGUAGUUCAAAAAGUGGAGAGAUUAUGGGAUGUUCGAGAUAACAAGAUAGUUCCUCACACUGUGUAUCUCCUAGUAACACCUCGUGUUGUCGAUGAAGCAAGAAAACAUUUUAACUGUCCAAUUCUGGAAGGAAUGGAACUUGAAAAUCAAGGUGGUAUGGGCACUGAACUCAACCAUUGGGAAAAGCGGUUAUUAGAGAAUGAAGCAAUGACUGGUUCUCACACCCAGAACCGAGUCCUCUCUCGAAUCACUCUGGCAUUAAUGGAGGACACUGGCUGGUAUAAAGCUAAUUAUAGCAUGGCUGAGAAGUUAGACUGGGGUCGAGGAAUGGGCUGUGACUUUGUCAGGAAGAGCUGUAAAUUCUGGAUUGAUCAGCAGAAAAAAAAGAGGCAGAUGCUGAGCCCUUACUGUGACACCCUCAGGAGUAAUCCCUUGCAGUUAACUUGCAGACAGGACCAGAGAGCAGUUGCAGUGUGUAAUUUGCAGAAGUUUCCAAAACCUUUGCCUCAAGAAUACCAGUACUUUGAUGAACUCAGUGGAAUACCUGCAGAAGAUUUGCCCCAUUAUGGUGGUUCAGUAGAAAUUGCUGACUACUGCCCUUUCAGUCAGGAAUUCAGUUGGCAUGUAAGUGGUGAAUAUCAGCGCAGCUCAGAUUGUAGAAUAUUGGAAAAUCAACCAGACCUUUUUAAAAACUAUGGUGCUGAAAAGUAUGGACCUCAUUCAGUUUGUCUAAUUCAGAAAUCAGCAUUUGUCAUGGAAAAGUGUGAAAGGAAGCUGAGUUACCCAGACUGGGGGAGUGGAUGUUAUCAGGUUUCUUGUUCUCCACAAGGUCUAAAGGUUUGGGUCCAGAAUACUUCAUAUUUGUGUAGUCGAGCCGGGCAGGUCCUCUUCGUUAGUAUUCAUAUGAACGGCUGGAUUCACGAUGGAAACCUGCUCUGCCCAUCAUGUUGGGACUUCUGUGAACUCUGUCCUCCAGAAACAGAUCCUCCAGCUGCUAACCUGACCCGAGCUCUACCCCUGGAUAUCUGUUCCCGUUCCUCUAGCCUUGUGGUCACCCUCUGGCUUCUGCUAGGCAAUCUGUUUCCUCUGCUGGCUGGAUUUCUGCUGUGUGUGUGGCACUAGGAAUGGAAAUGGGAAUUCUCAAGCAUUCUUUUGUGUCAUGUUCCUCUGAACAAAGCACAAAAUCUGAGCGAGUAUCAGCUUGUGCAGAUGGCUGAAGUGGCAUUCCUGACUUUGGCUUGAAAGUGUUGACCACAGUCAGACCUUGAAGCAGAGCUUCACAGCAGCCCAACAGCCUCGGCUUGGAGAAGGGGAAGGAAUUCCAAGUCAUCAAGACUCUUUAUUGUUCAGGAUGCAUAACCUUCCUCAAGUUUUCCUUUGAAAAUGGGAUAUUGGUGAAAUUUUCAGAUUACAUACCUCAGCAUUCUCAUUAACCUAGAAUGAUGGGAAAGUUCAUCAGUACUGCAAUAGUAAGGAACUGCUAAUUACUUCAAGAUUAUAAAUUGUGGAUCUUGAACCCACAAGUAUAAAUUAUCCUUUGACUUAGAGAAAAUAAUUGAGUUGAGGUUUCUACAUCAUUGUUAUACCUAUUUUGAAUUUAAUGA